ACGUGAUAUACCACAUCUGCUAGUGCGCAUGCUCAAAUACAGCAGCUGCUAAGAAUGGCAGUGGCGACCGCGACCAAGCUUGCAGCUGGAUUUGUACUGCUUGUGGCGCUGGUAUUUGGUCAAGGCAAAUGCCAAGACAAACUCUGCAGCGUUCUCAACGCAACCUCCUGUUACUGGAAUGUAGCGGUUACGUACGUGGUCAGAGGCGCUGUUUCCCAGCUCCCAGCGCAGCCGGUGCACCUUGCAAAGCUAUGUGCCGCGUACAAAGAGCUGCCGCUUGUGUCAGAGUGCACGCUAUACUAUGCCGGAUGCAGCGAAGAGGUGCGAAAGCACUUCCUAGUGCAAGAGCACGGCUAUCGGAUAGUGCAGAAAGACAUUCUGGAUCGGGCAAAAUGUGAAGGACUGGCCACAUUGAACUCGUGCAUCGGCUCGACUUCUUUGCUGCAACAUUGCCGUGUGAGCCUGAAUAUGGCACCCACUGUCCAGAACGCCCGUAAUAACCUCAAAGCUUCAUCGAAACUGGGUAUUUGCCUCAUGAAAGCUCUGUCCCCCUGCUCAAAGGGAGAGCACCACUACGCCAAAGAUCACAUCGUGAACUCGUACAACCUGGCGUUGUGGGAACUCUUUUACCACGACAGUGUGUCCAUACCCCAUGUCGAACCUGCCGCUCGGGAGCCUAAAACACUUCCCUUUAACACUACGGACGCAAUUCCCACCCCAACGCCGGCAUCACGCAGCAGAGCUGCAGUAGUGCUGUCUCUCGGUGCCUCGACCCUGCUCCUGAUUGUCACAAUAUGGAUACAUAUCGUGUAACCGAGAUAAUUUAUGGCCUUUAUUUCCAGUAUAGCGAAUGCUUUCUAUUCUAUUUUAUUUUAGCGGACGUGUCCACGACCUGGCACAAGCCUCCGGCGCCAUAAAAUGCGCAAAAAACCCCACAGUUUUCGCAUCUGUUCAUCUUGAACUAUGUUUUUGUAGAUCUCGAACCGUAAUAAAGUUCAUUAACUUGUAUCUUUGCUAUGACACAAAACCAAAACUUUCAA